AUGUCACUCUAUGGAAAGCUAUGUAUUGAUAAGAAGGUGAGUGAAAAAGAAGAGAAGAACAACAUUAGCAAGUGGGUGCAUAUUCCGGAUGAGUUGUUAGAACUUAUUAUGAAGCGCUUGUGUCUUAUGGAUUACCUUGCAUUGCGUACAAUAUGCACCCCUUGGAGGAGUACUGUUACUAAAGCCAUGGCAAACAAGCAUUGUUGCCCAUUAAGUGAACUGCCACUAAUUGUCCUUCUAUCUGACGAGGAAGUACUUUUCAGCUUGAGAACAGAACGUGAACAUUGCCCCAAAGUAUCAAUAUUUGAGAGCAGAAAAAUUACCUGUUAUGGUUCAGUUGAAGGGUGGAUGAUUAUGUGUGAUUAUGUUAAAAAGAACAGUUUGUCAAUCUUCUUCAAAAAUCCUGUGACUAAUAGUAGAGUCUCAAUUUCAUCACCAUUGGACUAUCCCUCUAACUCUCCAAUCCAAGGUAAAAAGUUGUGUUUGAGUAAAAUGGUAGCCUCUUCCGGACCAGAUUGUUAUAAAUCAAAUGAUUUUUUGGCUGCUCUCUUCAAUGAUUUUUUGCAUAUUGCAUUCUAUAGUCUUUUUGACAAGUCGUGGAACAUGAUUAAGCCAGAUCAGGAUUCAGGGGUUGCUUUUUUGGAUAUAGAAAUUAUGGGUUCCAAAUUGUAUGUUCGAACUAGCAAACCCUUGAAUUCCAUAAUUGUUUAUGAUCUUAAAGAUUUCAGUAGUGGAUCGUCGCCAAAGACUAAAGUUUUAGCCAUGCUUCCACAGAGAUCGACACCACAUGUACCAAGAAUAAUUGAUAACCAGCAUCAUGUCUCAGGUUGUGCCUUUUGCUCUCUAGCCAAACAUGAAACAUUAGACCAAUUAUUCCUUAUUUACAUGAUCUGCAAUAUAACUUAUAGAUCUGCAGAUGUUGGCUACUUGAACAUGCCCAAAGAAUAUGUUAUCCCACCUGAGAUCACUGGAGUAGAAGUGUUCAAGAUUGACAUUAACAAGGAGCCUAUUAAGUGGAUAAAGUGUGAAAGAUUAGAUGAUGAUGUGAUUUUUGUUAGUGGUGUCAAGAGCAUGGUAAUGUCAAGAACCUCCCUUAACUGCCCUCAAGCGUUAAUUAGAGAAAAUAAUGUCUAUUUCGCCCUUUCAUUUAAGUGUCCUUCAGAUCCAUGGCAAGGUAAUCUGUUGGGGAUCAAGCACCUGACAGAUAGCAGCAUCAAAUAUUUUUCUAUUGAGAAGUCAAAUCAUUCCAAAGUUCUGUAUCCUUUCUGGUUCAUACCAAGCAUUUGA